AGGAAGGAUGCCAAGGUGCAAGAACGCUUCCUCGGGUCAAGAAACCGCCGCAGAGAAGAAUGAGAGGCCAUGGCGUCGUGAAGGGAGCAAGUAUAUUCACAUUCAAACGGGUCUCGCCUUCAACACUGGAGCUUCCGUCGAGAGGUUCCACAACAUCUUCCUCACGAAGGAGAUCGUCUCUCCCAAGAUCGUGAACAAGGACCUCUUCAAAUCGGCGAUCUAUGCUCCGAGUAAGUCUAUGUUUCUUCAGCAAGGUUUGCUUCGUUUCAUUCAUUUGACGUAUGAAUUUUUCUGUCCAAAUCUUAUACGUCAAUUUUAUGCAAAUCUUCGUCCCACUAAGGGAGGUUCGCCAUCUCUCAUUUCCUAUGUUGACGGCAAAACCGUUUUCAUUGACGGUGCCGGUUUGACUUCCUUGUUUGGCCUUCGUCGCGGUGAAAUUACCGAAAACUUGGAUGAAACAUUCCAAGAUGAGGCAAUUUGGCGACAACUCGGGUUAGAUCAUCGUGACCUCAAGUUUAGAAACUCUAGCAACCCGAGUGUCAUUAAUCUCACUUUAAUUCAACGCGUCCAACAAUACAUCUUCUCAUAUGUUUUGUUGCCCUGUGAUUCGAACCAUGGCGUUGUCAACAAGGACGAUAUUCGUUUGUUUCACGUCCUGUUGAACGAUGUCAAAUUUGAUUGGGUUCACUUCUUUAUCGUUGCACUUAGCGAUGGCACUCGUUUCUCCCAUCUCCAUUUUGCCAUCCCCAUUAUGCAUAUCCUUGCUCAUUGCAAAAUAGACUUUACUCGGGACACUCAGGUGCCGGUCAAGAAGACGUGUUUCAUCACUGAAGCCAAGUUUUCCCGGAUCGUGUAUCGAGAGGAGGGCGAUGGUGCACCAAAUUUGGACCUGAUAAUCACCGAAGAAGAAGAAGAAAGCCAAAACGAGAAUCAAGCUGAGUCAUCUCUAGCCGGAGGAAGUCGAGCCACGGAGCGCGUCACUCGUCAACGGAGGACUCGUCCGAGAGAAGAAGCACCGGAACCUUCUUGGGUGAAGAAGAUCUUCGAUACUCUCACGUGCAUCCGAGAUGACGUUUGCCAGCUCAACGAGAGGAUGACUCGUCUUGAGCAAUCUCGCUCCUACCGUGGCCCGCGUCACAGCUUUGGC